GAGGUCUGAUCGAGUGGGGAAGAUUUCGUAAAUGCAAGAAGAGGGGUCUCGCUCGCUCGGUUCCUGGGAGAAGGCGGUGUAUAUAAAGAUGCCCAGCUCGGCCUGCUCUUCUGCAGUGCUUGACCAGACAGAGAUCAGAGAUGAAAGCUCAGCAGUUCUACGCCUUCGUAGCCUUCGUCUGCGUCGGCAGCAGCGUUAUGGCUCAGGAAGAGACCACGGAGCCGGAGAACAAUCUGACGGCUCUCCUGCAAAAUCUGAACUUGACCGACUCGCAAACACAGCGUGACUUCUUGGAUUUCGUUGAUCCGAAAAACUUGCCCACCACCAUCACUUGCUUGAUCGAGGGGGGUGGACCAGACUGUGAUCCAAGGACAGCGGCAGUCAGAACUGUUUUGCAAGAACUCUCAGCGAGCGACUAUCAGUGCUCAUCCUGUGACGCUGACACACAGCGAGUCCUCAACGUCUUGCUCAGAGGCAUCCGCCAGACAGCGAAUCCUCUGCAGUGCAAGAGUCUAGAAGAAGGUCUACAGUUGGCCGCACAUUUCUGCUCAUAAUGGUUGCUUCCAUAUUUCAUAUUCCUGUAUCAGCGACGUAGAAAAGUGUAUGAAGCUUCGUUGGAUGCCACAAAUUUCUUGCUAUAAAUGGUGUUAUUUGACUAAGUCAUGAGAGUGAUAAAAAUAUGUUGGAAUGCAGAAUUUCCAAGUUUUAUUCAAUGACUAGCCAGUUGACCGGGAGAUGUGCACAGAUUGAAGGUGUGCACCUCUUUGUAUUUAUAUUUUAUUCAGUCCACUUGGAUCAACUGUAAAUUUGUAAUAAUGCGUUAAAUCUUUAACCUUAAGUCCACUUAAGAGUUUUCUUUUCUUGGUUGAUCAAUCCAGUAGUUAAUAUCAUAUUGAUAUGAAGUAGAGAUCGCUUCAGUUCUUAACUAAAGCAGCUUGGCUGAAUUAAAAACCAAAGUAGGCUUGUGCUAGGCCAGAAUUAUUCGUAUCAUAGUCCAGAUGCGAAAUGCUUAAGUCCUAAUUGAUGUAUCCAACCCUGUUGGAUCUUUGGUUGUUGUGUAGGAAAUGAGAUCUCUGUCUUGUAGCU